UCAUCCGCCGCUCUGAUCCUGCUUGAGGUCGAGAAGUCUGAGGUUUGGCUAAUGAUUGACCGCGUCCCAGAUGGUAAUGUGACGCGACCUUCACCAUACAGUGAAAAGUAAUGAUGAAGUGCGGGUAGGAACUCUGCAAUGUGAGUGCGAAGUUCUUCCAGCGAUUACUGAACGCGUCGAACUUGCUUGUUUUUUUUUUCGCGCGGACCGCCAUCUGCGUCAGUUCCUAUGUAAGAAUUGUCUGCAGAGUUGGAAUGGACCAAAGUCAUGGCACAUUGUAACCAACUUUCACCAACAUCGCCAAGCGAUGUCAACCUUGGGGCUUCAGCCAACCCCCAUGCCAUGCCUACUGACUUCGAUUUCCUCUCUGUCAUUGGAAAGGGAACAUUUGGAAAGGUCCUGCUUGCCAAGCUUAAAUCAGAUGGGAAUUUUUAUGCCGUGAAGGUUUUGCAGAAGAAUGUUAUUCUGAAGAAAAAGGAGCAAAAGAAUAUCAUGGCCGAGAGGAAUGUCCUGCUGAAGAGCCUGAAGCACCCCUUCCUGGUCAACCUGCACUACUCCUUCCAGACCCCAGAGAAGCUCUACUUUGUCCUCGACUAUGUCAACGGAGGAGAGCUUUUCUACCACCUACAAAGAGAGCGCUGCUUUUCAGAACCACGAGCUCGCUUUUAUGCAGCAGAGUUAGCUAGCGCUAUUGGCUACCUGCACUCCCUCAACAUUGUAUACAGGGACUUAAAACCAGAGAACAUCUUAUUGGAUGCUCAGGGCCACAUAGUUCUCACUGACUUUGGCUUGUGCAAAGAGGGGCUCGAACCAGAGGCCACAACGACCACUUUUUGUGGCACCCCAGAGUACCUAGCACCUGAGAUGCUGAGGAAGGAACCGUAUGACCGCACCAUUGACUGGUGGUGCCUGGGAGCUGUACUGUAUGAAAUGCUCUACAGCUUGCCGCCGUUCUACAGCCGGGACGUAGCUGAAAUGUACGAUGGGAUUCUGUACAAGCCUCUGCCCCUGCCUCCCGGGAAGUCCAACGCUGUGUGCCACCUGCUGCAGGGCCUUCUCCAGAAAGACCAGCACAGCCGUAUGGGGGCCACUAAUGACUUUGUGGAGAUUAAAAACCACGUUUUUUUCUCCCCCAUUAACUGGGAUGACCUUUAUAACAAAAGAAUCACUCCUCCAUACAAGCCUGCUGUGAAAGGUCCAGCGGAUAUUCAGAACAUUGACCAAGAGUUCACCAGAGAGCCGGUGCCUGGCUCAGUGGGGCGCACUCCAGACCUCACCUCUAGCUUUGCCACCAGUAGCUCCAAUGCUUUCUUUGGCUUCUCCUAUGCUGCUGGCGAUGACAGCUUUCUCUGACGGCGCUCGGACCGGGCAGUGGAGGCAUCAUGGAGCUCCAGGACGACAGAGGAGGAUGUAUAUAGGCUACACAGACCCAUUUCCACUGAGCAACGCAGGAGUGGACCUGGAGAAUAGGACGGGGGGAUGAAUGUAAUAUUGGUUAAUUGGAAGUAGAGUGGGUGUACCACUAAAGGGGAAUCAAGUUGCCAUAGAAACUGCUGGUUCAGCUCAUUGUUAUUAGUACCACGUGGUGUCAACCUAUUGAGUUGACAAAUAUUCAUCUUAUGACAGUCCCUUCAUACACUGGCAAACCCAAAACAGCUUUUCCCCCUUUACAGCUUUAGAGUAGCAAAACUCAGGAUGUUGUUAACCCUUGUCUGGGCAUGUGAAUGAUUUAAUAUUAGGCUUAUGUAACUUGAUAAACAUUGUUUUAAACACAGGCAUAGAGUGUAAUAUAUAUGUAAACUGUACUGUUGUCAAAAUGCUCCUUGCUAUGUUUGUGCUUUGCAAAUAGUGGAAAAAUGAAACACACAAAGAAAUCAUUGUCGAGUUAAAUGAAGGAUUGUACUUAAAAGUGUAUAUAAAGCCCAUUAUUAAACUGUCUAUUAAUGUUUAACAGCUAUUG